AUGUCAGACACCACUCCCCAACCCCAACCCCACACAGCCGACCUCGACCUAGACCCUCUCUUCACAACAACCUGCACCUACCCUUCUAGCUACCCCCUCACAUACCCCGACACCUACACCAUUCUACCAGACACCACACUACCAGAUACCUACACGACCCUGCCACCCACAUACCCAGCAAUCCCACCCACCUACACACCUUCCCUCAACCUCCUCCACCUCCUCAAAACCGCCGCCACCGUCUCCUCGGGCCUCGUCCUCGACAACGGCCCGGGCAACCCCGUAGAAUCGAUCCCCUACAAGGAGCUUUUAAAUGGCGCAUUACAACGGGCGCGCAGUUUCGCGCUAUGUAUGGCCCUAGAGACGAGCGCGAGUAAAAUAGUCUUGCUGCACGUGAACAAUCAUCGGGAUUCGAUUUUAUAUUUCUGGACCAUCCUAGCAGCAGGCGGAAUCCCCUGUAUAUCCUUCGAACUCCCCCAAGACCUGACCGCGCGCGGGAAACACAUUCUGCACCUUCAAUCCCUGCUAAAAUGGCCCAUCAUCAUCACGACCGAGGAGUUACUCCCAGAGUUUUGCGGAUUGGAAGGUAGUAACGUGCUCACGACCGCCGCGAUCGAAACUGGACCAUUCAACCACCCCUCCAGCGAUGUCGGGCCCGGGUUCGUGAAGACCGCAGAUGACACGACGGUGUUGAUGUUAGCAACAGGCGGCGAUGGGAAGGCGAAGGCGAUAUGUUUGACGAGCGGCCAGAUCGUGGCGGCGAUUAAGGGGAAGUUGGAGAUGCAUCGGACGGGCAAGACGGAUAUUUUUCUGGCGUGGAGUUAUUUCGAUCAUGUUUCUCAUUUGGUGGAGAUACAUCUGCACGCGGUGUACUUGUGUGCGAUACAGGUGCUGUUUCCGGUUGAUAUCACGAUCGCGAAGCCUUCGCUCUUGUUGGAAGCGCUUGAGAGGUAUCAUGUUUCGUACACUUAUAUUCCGAAUUUCUUUCUAAAGGAAAUGGUUGCCGUGUUGGAGAAACAUGAUAAGCUCAAGGAAAGCCCGUUUCAUCCUGAGAACAAAGUCUAUGACUUCUCGAAUCUCAAGGCUGUCAUCACGCAAGGGACAUUAGGAACCGAGACGAUCAACAACAAAGCGAUUGAACUCCUUUCGAAGCAUGGCGCGCCUGCCAAGUUUCUCCGCCCAGGUUUCGGGAUGACAGAAUUCUGCGGUCCUGCGGUAUAUAACAUCAUUACACCCUCUACAUAUUCCAUCAAAGACGAUAGCCUGGAUCUAAAUCUCUUCUUAAAACACACCCAGACGCGUGGAACCAAAGUUCAGAAUUUGAUAGGUAAGCCGAUCAACGCCGUCACCAUCCGCAUCGUAGACGAAGACUACUAUCCCGUUCCCUUCGGCGAAAGCGGUAUGUUGGAAAUGUCUGGCCCUUGCGUAUUCACCACCUACUAUAACGACCCAGAUCGGACGACUCGCAUGUUCACAAAAGACGGAUGGUUCCGCACCGGCGACCUUGCACGGAUCGAUGACCAAGGCCAAAUUGUACUCGACGGGCGAUACGAAGAGAGAUUCACAGUGCGAGGAAAGUGUUUUCAUCCCCAAGACAUCGAAAUUGCUAUCCGAGCACAGAACAUCCCUGGGAUCGAUGACGAGGGUAUAGUGGUUUUCUCGUUUUGCCCAAAAGAGUGUGUUGGUGCGCAUUGGGUGAAUGAAGUGGAAAAAUUGAAACCAGAGAAUUUGGUUGUUAUGUAUGAGACUAGCUUUCGACAUGCUUUCACCCAAUUAUCGCUAGAUGUUGAACAUCGGAUUACCGGUACUGUCCUGGAGAUGUGUGGGAUCAUGCCAUAUAAGGUGCUUGGGGUCGAGGGUGAAAUGCUGCCGAGGACGUUGAAGAAUAGGAUUUCUAAUCUAUUGGUCAAGAAGGCGUUCCUGAGGGGCCAGUUGCGAAAGCGAAGCGAUGGUUGGCAUUGUUAG